UUGUGUCCAUAAAUAGGCUUGGGCACGUGGGAUUCCCUCAGCACCCUAGAAUGGAGGACCCCAGCAUGCUUACUUCCCCAAAGAGUUCAAAGAUUGCACCACCCAGCUCGAACACCAAAAGGGGAGUCAAAAAUAGCCAACCUCAACCCUUUAGACUACAAACUGAGCAACGAGGACAAAUAAAAGAGCAAGCAUUGGCAAAGAGAGUGCAAGAAUUGGUUGCUGAGGAGGCCAAACUACGGAUUCAUGUUGCGCAAGGUUUGCCACUGACGACAGAUAAACCUCAGAACCUACCAAAGCCACAUGUAAAGGAGCAGACAAAACCAUUAAACAUUAAGCUGCACACGGAACAAAGAGCAGCCAGGCGUGCCGGAUUCAAUAACCUAGUCUCCAGCAAAAAUUAUUCCUUGGAGAUCCUUAGGAGAUUUGAAGAGAAGCUCCUAAAGGUUAUAGAAGAAGAGGAGAUAAGGAUUAUGAGAAAGGAGAUGGUCCCAAAAGCACAAUUGAUGCCGAUAUUCGACAGACCAUUCUUUCCACAACGGUCAACAAGACCUCUAACAGUUCCAAGAGAGCCAAGCUUUCAUUUUUUGAAACAAAAACGUUGCAGUAGUGGCGAGCCAUACAAAAUUCAUCAACAUGUUAACCAAAGUAUGAAGGCUGUCAAAUAAUCAAUAGCAAAGCUAGCAUGAAGCUAGGCCCUUGCGUUACGCUUAAAUUUUUUGUGCAUGAGUUUUGCAUAGUUUUAUUAUUUCAUGGUGGAGUGAUGAGAGAAUGGUCUGCCGCUUUAAUUAGGCGACAUCUUUUGUGAGCCUGCUGUGUUUAAAGUUAUCAUGAAAGAUGUAAUAAGGUUUUUUUUUGAGUGCCAUGGUGUUUUUUUUGUAAAUUUAAGGGGCUGGUGGGAUGUACCUUUCUCUUUUCUUGGAAUGAUAAAUGUAAUUAUUAAUAAGAGAAUCAUCGUAGAUGGUAUGUAGAGUUCAAGCAUACAAGUUAAAAGUAUUUUUUUAUUAUUUUUCA